UGGCUCCGUUAUUGGCAGUAAAGUGGCCACAGCCGUAGCGAAUGUUCGCGUUCCCGAGCAGUGGCAUAAACUAUUUUAACGAAUUAGCAGUUGAUGAGAGAGUGCAAAACUUUAAAGUGCCAACCACUUUGUGCUCGCAGCUUAACUAAGCAACAAUCGGAGUAUGCAAAAACAAAAAGACAGCUGUAACUUUGUAACUUAAAGUGGCACGUUUCUGCCAAAAUUUAUACAUGUCGUAAUUUAAAGCCUCUAAAAUCACCUCUGGCAUCUACCUAUUUUGCUGCUCGCAACGUAUUGACAAUAUUUUAAAAUAUUCCGCCAAAAAAACUUCGACAAAAGUGAAACCAUUAAAAUACCAUGUCGAAAGGACUAACUGACAACACCACUUUAUUGUUUUUAAUUUAUUUAUUGUGUUCUAGUUUAUUGCCAUCGCUACUAUGCCUGACUGUGCUGUUACUAUAGUCGUUAUUGUUGUUGGCUAUGCUAUUUCCUCUCUUCUUUUAUUGAUUUUGGUCAGUUAUGCACAGAAAAGACACACAAAAACAAACAGUAGUGGCAUAAAACCAUUACAACAUUGUGUGUGUCAACAUUGGUUGAAGCAACAACAACAAAAACAGCAGCAACAACAACAAAAGCAGAAGCAAUGACAGCAAAAAACUAGCGCUACAAUAACAAAAACAAGUCGUAAACGAAACUUUGUAAUGCAAUUUUUGUGAACAAGUUGUGUUUUGUUGGCAUUGUCCGAAUAUUUUCUAGCAACCAUAACAAAUAUUGUGUAAAAAUAGUAUGCCUCCGACUGUGUAGGACUACCCAAUAAGCGAUUACCAGGCCAUUCCGAUUUUUUAGUAGAACAGAGCACAUUUGUACAACUAAUCAUUAAAGCUUAACGGUCAGUUUACAUCGCCACUUCAACCGAAAAUGUUUUUAAAGCAAACAAAGAAAUCAUAAAAAACAUAAUCAAAAUGGAUACCAGAGAGUUAGGUGACAUGUCGCUACUGUAUUCCCAUGACGACAAGCAGCGUAUUGCUGACUUAUUCGUUGCACAAGUAAUCGCCUUCAAAGCCACCGGACAAAUUCCAUUCGAUGUACACUAUGGACUGGGCUAUACCUACUGCUGCUUCGUCAUAACGCAAUCGCUCUAUUUGGGUGUGCUUUUUUUGAAGACCUCCUACGAUAUGCUGCUUAACGGGAAACUGGAACAGAUUACCGACGCACUCACCAUGACUAUCAUAUUUUGGUUUAGCGUCUAUGCCGCCUGCUAUUGGUUGCUGCGUUGGCAGCGUCUGCUGGCCUUUCUACAACAUAUCAAUCAUCAUUAUUGGCAUCACUCGUUGCCCGGCUUAAGCUUUGUGAGCUCGCAUCGCACUUUUAUUUUGGCUAAACGUAUAACUGUUGUGUGGGCGCUGACCUGUAUGGCCGGUACGGCGCUGUAUGGUUUAGCUCCACUGGUCAUGGGUGUGCACGCACUACCACUGAAGUGCUGGUAUCCCUUUGAUCCGUUGCAACCUUAUGUCUACAAGUUUGUGUAUGCUUUACAAUUGUCGGCUCAGAUAAUAAUGGGCGCCACUUUCGGUAAUGGCUCCGCUUUGUUCGUUUCGUUGGUUAUACUCAUGUGUGGACAGUUCGAUGUGCUUUACUGCAGUUUGAAGAACUUGAGUUAUUAUGGCCGUUUGCGCGCCUGCUGUGAUGUUGAGAAAUUGCGCAAUGAACAAGCAGCACUGCCAAAAACUUCCGACGACGAACUGAAUCAGUAUAUGUAUUGCCGAGAACACUUAACCAAUCUUUCGACGCUUCAACGUUUAUACAGUCAACAACCAGCAGCAACGCUGCCGGAAGCCCUGCAUUUGGCUGUAGUGCAAUGUGUGCAAUUGCAUCGCUUUAUCCUGGGUGCCUGUAAGGAGUUGGAGGAACUUUUUAAUCCUUAUUGCCUUGUUAAAUCGAUACAAGUAACUUUGCAGCUGUGCUUAUUGGUUUUUGUUGGUGUUGCGGGCGAACGUUCGAUGGUGCGCAUUUUGAAUUUGGUCCAAUAUGUGACUCUGACAUUCAUCGAAUUGUUGAUGUUCACUUACUUUGGUGAGUUGUUACGCGGUCAUAGUGUGCGUAGUGGUGAGGCGUUUUGGCGCUCACAGUGGUGGACCCAUACCGCUGCCAUACGUCAGGAUGUAUUCAUUCUAUUGGCGAAUAGUAAGCGUGCAGUUCAGCUGACGGCGGGUAAAUUCUAUGCUAUGGAUGUGGAGAGAUUGCGGUCGGUGGUAACACAAGCAUUUUCAUUUUUAACGCUCUUACAAAAGUUAGCGGCUAAAAAUCCGAAGUAAACGAAUUAGAUACUGACUCAGUAAAUAUUGUAUAAACAUAUAUAAGCGUGAAAUAAAUGCUAAAGAAAAUGGUUUUACGA